CUGCUGCCUUCUAGUUGGCUCUUUCACAGCUGGGGACUGAGGACUCUCUUCGGACUGUCAGACUGUCUCGCUCUCCUGCCCCCCAGGCAGUCGGCUGCUGGAGCUCACUUCCUCCAUAUCCUGUAGCUUCUCUAGUCCCCAAAAGACUGGGCAGGAAGUGAGCAAGAUGCUGGGAGAUGCGGGAAGUACAGGCACUGGGGGCGGCCCUGGGCUCCCAGCGUGCAUUUCUCUUGGGCUGCCUGGGGCCUGGAGCCUAAGCACCACAGGAAGGGGAAGCAUCCCUGUAGACUUAACCACUUCAGAGGGCUGGAGUCAGUGCACACUGUCUCUGCCCGGGGCCCAGGUACCACGCAUAGAUGGUCUGCGAGAAGAUUCCCUGAGGAAAACUUGUCCUUCUCUUCCUCCCACCCCACCCCCCAGCCACUUGAUUAGACCAUCCAGCCCUUCUCUUUGUCCCCUCUUCCUUGCUAGUGACUUCCCAGAAUUAUUGCUGGGUUUGCCCAGGGAGGAUCCAUUUUCCUGUCCUCUACUUCUGAAAUUCUGUCUACUUCCAGCCUAGAAAUAAGGAGCAGGAGCUAGCUCCCUCCUUGGACACACCUGCCUCGGGGAGCUGGGGACAACUGGCCUAUGCUCUCCAGGGUAAGGAUGUGAGUGGAAAGUGAGCAGUAGGUGCGGGAGCUGGGGCUUUGAGUUUUCUUGUUCAGGAAGAGCUUGUUAGAGUCUGCCUGCUUUUCAUCUCCUGCCCAAAGCAGAACCUCCCAAGUCAGGAAUAGGAAGUGUGCACAAACCCCGGAGCAUACCUGUGCCACCCACCCCCCAGCACAUCGACCCUCUUUACACUCCCCCCACACACACCUGUCGCUGCUAACUGGCCUGGUCCAUUGUUGACUUCAGUUGGAAUGUUCCAUUCCACUGGGGACCCGGUGUCCUCGUCUCCGUCUCAAGCGGUGGUGGAUGGAGGAGGACAUGGGUAUGAGCCCCGGAACAGCAUGUCCUUGCAGAACUAACCCUGUCCCCAUGUGCUUGCGCCAGCCGAAACUUACUACUCCCUGGGCGGAGCUGAUAGUUUGGGCUCCCCCUUCAAAUUACCCCCCUUUGCCUUCUCAUAGUGUGCUUCCCUUGCUGGAAAGGGAAGUGAGAGCUGGAGAGCCACCAGCUUGAGGUAGGAGUUGAGGUUAUAAGGUUAUCCUGGCCUUGGUUGUGACCCUGCUCUGAGUCUCAAGGGAAGUGGGCAGAGGAGCGUCCCCUUCCCUGUUUCCACAUGAAGAAACAGGCCGGGAGAACCGCAGUGCUUUAUGAGGGCCUUGACCAGCUCCCAGGACUGUAGUGGUCAGAUGAAUGCUCACUGUGGCUCCCUCUGAGUCCUCGUGUAGCAGUGGCCGUGGCCCUCUAACCCGUGCCUGUGAGCCAAGAGGGAACAGACUAGAAGCAUUGCCACCAGCGACGGGAGCAGUGACCAUACUGGAUGCCUCUGGCGAGGGGGAAGGGGAGGAAGGAGAAAAACAAAGGCGAGUGAGUGAGCGAGCCGGCGAGCGAGCGCACUCUUGUGGAGGCUCGCGACAGCCUCCCUGUGCCUACCACAAUGUGUCAGUCAGAGAAGCCGCAAGGACCAGAGCUCCAAGCAGCAGCGAAAUGACUCAGGCAUUGACCCAGGCCAUGUGUGAACCUGUGUCCUGCAGGUUGUACUUCCCCCAGCUGGCCCUACGUCGAAGGCUAGGCCAGCUUAGCUGCAUGUCCAGACCUGCUCUGAAACUGCGCUCCUGGCCCCUGACCAUCCUCUACUACCUCCUGCCCUUCGGUGCCCUCAGGCCCCUGAGCCGGGUGGGAUGGAGGCCCGUGAGCAGGGUGGCCCUGUACAAGUCGGUGCCAACGCGUUUGCUGUCACGUGCCUGGGGUCGCCUGAACCAGGUGGAACUUCCUUCCUGGCUGCGGAGGCCGGUCUACAGCCUGUACAUCUGGACCUUUGGGGUAAACAUGACAGAGGCUGCUGUGGAGGACCUGCAGCACUACCGGAACCUCAGCGAGUUCUUCCGCCGUAAGCUGAAGCCUCAGGCACGGCCUGUCUGUGGCUUGCACAGUGUGAUCAGCCCAUCAGAUGGCAAGAUCCUCACCUUUGGGCAGGUGAAGAACUGUGAGGUGGAGCAGGUAAAGGGCGUAACCUACUCCCUGGAGUCAUUCCUGGGCCCUCGAGCCUGUACAGAGGACCUGCCCUUCCCUCCAGCCUCCUCCCAUGACUCCUUCAGGAACCAGCUGGUCACCCGCGAAGGCAAUGAGCUCUACCACUGUGUCAUCUACCUGGCCCCCGGAGACUACCACUGUUUCCACUCCCCCACUGACUGGACCGUCUCACAUCGGCGCCACUUCCCAGGUUCCUUGAUGUCAGUGAACCCUGGCAUGGCCCGAUGGAUCAAAGAGCUCUUCUGUCACAAUGAGCGUGUGGUCCUGACUGGGGACUGGAAACAUGGGUUCUUCUCGUUGACAGCAGUGGGCGCCACCAACGUGGGCUCGAUCCGAAUCUACUUUGACAGAGACCUGCAAACGAACAGCCCCAGAUACAGCAAGGGUUCCUACAAUGACUUGAGCUUUGUAACACAUGCCAACAAGGAGGGUGUGCCCAUGCGCAAAGGCGAGCACCUGGGCGAGUUUAACUUGGGCUCCACUAUCGUGCUCAUCUUUGAGGCACCCAAGGACUUCAACUUCAGGCUGAAGGCAGGGCAGAAGAUCCGCUUUGGGGAAGCGCUGGGCUCCCUCUAGUCUUCCUGGUUGCGCUGCCAAGGGAUCUUUCCACACAGGAGCACGAGGUCUUCAGAGGCACCCCAGGCUGUCUGGGCGAGAGGCACUGUGGGGCUGACCUGGUAGGACCUGAGUGAUCUGUUCUUGCCUGUCCAGAGGUGCAGAGGAGAGGUUUGGAAUCUGUCAGGACCUAGACCCCUUUACAGAGCGUGGGUAUGAUUUGACCUCAGAAUCACUUGGAGAGGUAUUUUUAAAAUUUUGUGUAAGUUGGAGACCCUCCAUCUCCUGAGUACUGUGAGAACGGUUGUGUGCUACCACACCCUCAAGCUGCACCCCACACCUGUCUCAGGGCCGCCGCCUUCUGUCAGCCCUCGGUUCUUCUGCCUUAGCUGCCUCCCUGCCUGAGCACAGGGUGAGGUGCAUCCUUGGCACAGACUGGAUCUACCCUCUUCUUAGAGCAGGCCACAUGGCCUUCACAACUGCUUUCUCUUCCCAAAUCCACCCCUCUGCUUGCUGGAAAAGUAAAAUCAUCUAUGUGUUGCUGAAUGCUUUGACCUAGACUCUGCCAUUGUCUUCUGAGGGCAUUAACUAAUGAUGUAGACCUUUGUAGGCCCCAAGGUCUGACUUUCUAAAGCUGCCUGAGGCCCUUUGCCAGUAGGCAAAACCAAUUACUGACUUGCCUGGCAGUGUCCAGAGGGAAGGGGAGGUGGAGGCCCAGCCUGUGGGAAAUAGGAGACACGCUGCUAUUGGUCUAGGGGCUGUUGGAGGCAGAGGGUACGGUGGUCAGUGCCUAGAAAUCCUGGUCCAGGUGGCUGCCGGGAUGCAGACCAUGGGGAACCCAGUGGGAAGGACAAGGCCAGAUUUCAUGUUGAUCUUGGAGAUGCCAUGAAUUUCUCCUGUAGGAGAAAUCAUUGAACUUUUUUAACUGUAUCAGUAAUACAGUAUUUUGUAUGAAAAGUAGGAGACUUCUGAACAGUAAUUCAUUUAAUUGCCAGACAUUUUGAAAUAAAAACCCCAAACCAUC